AUGCAUAAGCCUUCAGCACGUCUCAUACCCUUCGGUGUUGGAGCCGGUGUCGUUCUGUGGGCGAUUUACUGCUUUGUCUCGUGGACAGACCAUCCAUGGCAUCCUUCGUCUCAUCCGUCAGGCUAUAAUUUUAAUCCUUUCAGGCGCCGGACUACGUGGCUUGAGCGGGCAGACGCAGUCAGAGGAGCAUUUCUACAUGCCUACAAGGGAUAUCGAGAGUUUGCAGCAAACAACGAUGAGCUGCUGCCGCUCACGGAUGGUGCAGUCAACAAUUUCAAUGGCUGGAGACUCACCCUGGUGGAUGGGUUGGAUACGAUGUGGAUAAUGGGUUUUCGUGAUGAAUUUUAUCACAGCAUGCCCAUAUUUGCAGAAUUGUCAUUCGCCCUUGAACCUGAUUCCUACGCUCCCUUCUUUGAAACAGUUAUUCGUUAUCUGGGAGGCCUGCUUUCCGCGUAUGCCCUGUCCGGAGAGCCGGUGUUGCUCGAACGAGCGGACGAAUUGGGCAGCAUGCUGCUACCCGCAUUCAACACGACGUCCGGUCUUCCGACAUAUGCAGUGAAUACAGUGAGCGGCAAGACCAGAAUGGGUUGGAUGAGAGGCGCGGUACUGUGGUCUGAAGCCCUCAGCUGCCAGUUGGAGUACAAGUUCCUCGCUCACCUCACUGGACGAAGAGUGUACUACGAUAGAGUCGAGAAGAUAAUGAACAUUAUGGAGAAGGCGAAUGUCACGGAUGGCGUGUUCGCGACACGAUGGAGCCUGUUGAACGGCAAACCUUUGAACUCUCAUUUUUCGGUCGGUGCGUUCGCGGAUAGCGCACACGAAUAUCUGCUCAAGCAGUGGCUCCUUACUUCGAAGUCUGAGCCCAGAGCCAGAGAUCUAUAUAUCCGCGCAGCAACAAGCAUCAUCGAGCACCUCCUAUAUAUUACGCCUAACAGAAACCUGCUCUACGUAACGGACAUGCAGGACUUCAAGCCGACGCAUACCUUCGAGCACCUCUCCUGCUUCCUGCCGGGCCUCCUUGCGCUCGGCGCGCAGACGCUCGAGCUCCCUGCGCGGACCCAGCUGCUGCACGAGUGGGCCGCCCGGGGGCUCGCGUACACAUGCUGGAUCACGUACGCCGACCAUGCGACAGGCCUGGGGCCCGACGAGAUGAUCAUGGAUGCGUUCCCCGUCUCGGAGGAGCACCCGCGCGGCGGACACUGGCUCGACCAUGUGGAGCGAUGGGAGGCCAGUGGCCGUCCCGGAGGCGUGCCCCCAGGGCUCGCGGAAACGCGGCCGAGGCGGCAAUCGCGCGACUACACGACGCGCAAGCCUGCGUACUAUCUGAGACCCGAGACUGUAGAGAGCUUCUAUAUCCUCUGGAGAACUACUGGAGAUAGGCGAUGGCGGGAGCGUGGCUGGGCUGUUUUUGAGGCGAUCGAGAGGGAGGCAAAGACACCGAGCGGCUACGCGAGUCUGUCGUCCGUUGAAGACUCGCCUGCACCGAAGAAAAAUGAGAUGCCGAGUUUCUUCAUGGCGGAGACGCUGAAGUACUUAUACCUACUAUUCACGGACGAAGAAUUGAUACCACUAGACCGCUGGGUGUUCAACACCGAGGCUCACCCGCUGCCCAUCUUCGAAUGGACGGAUUCUGAGAAGGCGAUGUACAAUAUCACGCAUGGAUACGGAACUGUACAGUAA